GCUGUGAGUCCACUGGUCCACGGAGAAACAGUGCGCGGGAGUGAAGACAGAGGAAAGACAGCAAAGCACUUACAGGGAAUUUAUACACUGGAACUGCUGGCUGUUUUGAGUCCUGAGUGAAAGUCUGGUUGGAAUACAGUGUUGUCUUGGCUGAUAAGUGCGUUCAUGUCUUCCUGUGGCACAAUGGGUAAAUGCUGGAGUCAUCAUCUCCUAAUCAUGCUCCUUAUUUGGACUUGCAUAGUGAGCCAGCAAACGACGGACACAUUCCCUUUAAAGUUUACGCACUCACUCUACAAUGCAACAAUAUACGAGAAUUCUGCUGCAAGAACCUUUGUUGAAUGCCCAAUUAAAAUGGGCAUUUUCAUACAGGACCGAUCUUGGGAUAUAUGGUACAGAAUAGAAGCUGGGGACCAUGAAAAGCUAUUCAAAGCAGAAAAGUAUGUUUUGGGUGACUUCAGUUUCCUGCGAAUAAGGACCAAAGGGGGCAGCUCAGCCACACUGAACAGGGAGGUAAAAGACAAGUAUUUGCUUACUGUACAAGCAAUUGAAAGACACUCAGGAGCAGAGGCACAAACCCAAGUGCAGCUUGAAGUUUUGGACGCAAAUGAUCUCAGACCGCUUUUUUCACCAACCUCCUAUAGCAUCUCCAUUCCUGAAAACACUCCCAUCAGAGCCAGCAUAGGAAGAGUCUCAGCAACAGAUGCUGACACUGGCACCAACGGAGAGUUCUACUUCAGCUUCAAAGAUUGGACUGCUAUAUUCUCCAUCCAUCCAACAAGCGGUGUCAUAACUCUCACAGGCAAACUGGAUUACCUAGAGAUGCCACGGUAUGAGAUUGAUGUGCUAGCAGUGGACAGAGGCUUGAAGCUCUCUGGGAAAAGUGAUGUCAGUAGUACAGCAAAGCUGACAGUGCAGGUACUGCAGUCCAACGACCAUGCACCUGUUGUCAAAGCAGUUCCAUUAACUCCAAGAAACACCACCAAGGAUCCUAUUUAUGCGUUGGUGUCUGUGGAGGAUGAUGAUGAAGGGCAAAAUGGAGAGAUAGCCUCUUUGAGCAUAGUGGCUGGAGAUCCACUCCAGCAGUUUAAGGCCAUUAGAACAAGCCCUGGAGGCAAAGAGUACAAGAUCAAGGCAAACAAAGAGGUGGUCUGGGAGGGAUAUGACUUUGGUUAUAACCUUACCUUGCAGGCCAAAGAUAAGGGAAACCCACCAAAGUUUUCUUCAGCAGUAGUAGUGAGGGUGAAACCUCCAUAUGAAAACAUGGAGGCUCUGCAAUUUGAAAAAAUGAUCUACAGAGUUACUCUUAGUGAGUUUGCACCACCACACUGUCCAGUGGUCAUGGUCAGAGCUGUACCAAAACAUCCAAAUGUGAAGUAUUUGCUACAGUAUAAGAUGCAACAGCACAGGAAUCCAUUCACUAUUAACCCAAACACUGGCCUCAUAACCACUGUGGAACCUGUGCAGGCAGAACGUGUUAGCCAGUAUGAGUUUGAUGUAAGUACUAGCAAAGGACGAGCUUCAGCUAAGGUAGUUGUUAAUGUCAUUGACAUGAACAACAAUGCUCCAAAAUUUCAACAGUCUAAGUAUGAAGCUAGCGUUGAUGAGCAUGUCCCUGUAGGGACUAGCAUUUUAGCAGUCAGUGCAAGCGAUGAUGACGAAGGAGAGAAUGGCUAUGUCACCUACAGUAUUGUUAGCAUGAACAAAAAACCCUUUGCUAUUGACUAUUUCACUGGCAUCAUAAGCACAUCUGAAGAGUUGGACUAUGAAACGAUGCCAAGCAAAUUCUACCUAAGGGUUCGAGCUUCCGACUGGGGGUCCCCUUUCCGCCGCGAAGCAGAAGUUGUGGUCUUAAUCACACUGAAAAACCUGAAUGAUAACCAGCCUCUCUUUGAGAACAUUGACUGUGAAGUAGCCAUACCAAGAUCCUUUGGAGUUGGUGAGCAGAUAAUAGUGCUGUCUGCAAUUGAUGCAGAUGAUUUAGGAAUUGUGAGGUAUCGUAUAAGUGCAGGUAAUGAGAGGGACUUCUUCGAAUUAGAUCCAACUUCUGGUGUGCUAACGCUUAAAAGGCCAUUAAGUGAUGGUGGUGGCAAAGAACAUCCUUUUCAUGCUUUACAUAUAGAAGCAAGUGACGGGGAGAUAUCCAGUUCACCCAUGCUUUUGAAUAUCACCGUUGUUAGCAGUUUGAAAGAAAUGUACUCAAAGUGUGUGGAAACUGAAGCCCUGAGACGUUUAGCUGAGAUGCUUCUCUUUGGCUCUAAACUGCACACUGAAAUAGAAAUGUUAGGGGAAUUUGCAGACAUGCAUUCUGUUAACAACAGUGUACCACAGUUUGCAGAGUCCAUUCCUAGUCAGUUAGAGGUUAGAGAGGACUUUCCAGUGGGGAAUAGUGUAGUGCUUCUCAAAGCAACAGAUGCAGAUAAUGGCUUCAAUGGGAAACUGCUUUAUGUGAUAUCAGGAGGAAACGUUGACAGUUGUUUCAUGAUAGAAACAGAUACUGGAUGGCUCAAAGUUGUUGAACCUCUUGAUAGAGAAACAACUGACCACUACACACUUAACAUAACCGUAUAUGAUCUUGGUUUACCUCAAAAGUCCUCAUCGCACAUUUUAGAGAUCAGUGUGCUGGAUGUCAAUGACAAUAGCCCAGAGUUCCUAGAGCAUGAGUAUUCAGUGGACGUUAAAGAAGACAGUGCUGUGGGAACAGAUAUCAUUCAGCUUGAGGCUACAGAUAAGGAUUUGGGGAUCAAUGGGGAGGUCAGCUACUCCUUUCUGACCAAAACAGACAAAUUUGCCAUAAAUGAAGAGACAGGGAUUGUAACAGUUAAAAGCCCAUUGGACAGAGAAGCGAACCCAUGCUUUGCUUUGAAGGUUGCCGCUUACGAUAAGGCAAAACAUGAUCCUCAGUUGGUGUCCACUGUGAUUCUGAAUGUCAUGUUAGAGGAUGUAAAUGACAACGCUCCUACUUUUUCUCCUUCACAUUGCCGUGUGAGAGUACGGGAGGAUAUUCCAGUGGGCACCUUGAUCUUAUGGCUGGAGGCCCAUGACCCUGACUUGGGUCAGUCUGGACAAGUGAGGUACAGCUUGACUGAUGAUGCAGAUGGAAGCUUUCAGGUGGAUAAAAUGAGUGGAGCAGUGUACCUGUCACAGCCCCUUGACUUCGAGAGGAAACAGGCAUAUAAUCUGACAGCAAAAGCUAAAGACAGAGGAAAACCAAUCUCUUUGUCCUCAAUGUGCUUCAUUGAAGUGGAGAUAGUGGACGUCAAUGAAAAUUUGUAUCGCCCGUCUUUCCCCUUCUUUGUGGAUUGGGGAAGUGUGAGCGAGGACGCCCCUGUUGGAUCUUCUGUAAUGAAAGUUACUGCGCAUGAUGAGGAUGAGGGAAGAGAUGGAGAGAUACGCUAUGCCAUACAUGAUGGCUCAGGCCUUGGGGUUUUCACUAUUGAUGAAGUGACUGGUGUCAUAAGGACACAGGAGAUACUGGACCGCGAGACCACCAGUCAUUACUGGUUGACGGUCUAUGCCACCGACCAGGGGGUAGUACCACUCUCGUCUUCUGUGGAGGUCUACAUAAAUGUUCAGGAUGUCAAUGACAAUGCUCCACAGACUUCAGAGCCUGUCUACUACUCCUCUGUGCUGGAGAACUCUCCAAAAGAUGUGUCUAUCAUGCAGAUCCAAGCCUUUGAUCCUGACUCCAAAACCAGCGACAAACUGACCUACAAGAUCACCAGUGGGAAUCCACAGGGAUUUUUUAACAUUGAUUCUCAAACAGGUUUGAUAACGACCACUUCUCGAAAACUGGACCGGGAAAAGCAAGAAGAGCAUAUACUUGAAGUGACCAUUUCUGACGAUGGCAUUCCGACCAUGUCUACAGUCAUUCGUAUGGUAGUGAAGGUGCAGGAUGAAAAUGACAACUCUCCUCAAUUCCUCGAGAAGGUCUAUAAAAUCAAGCUAGUGGAGCGGCCAAAGGCGAUCAGAUGGGAGCCGGUUUAUCGCGUCAUUGCCCAUGACAGAGAUGAGAGUCCUUACUCUGAAAUCUCAUACAGCAUAGAGGAGGGGGACGAGCAUAGGAGAUUCUUCAUCGAGCCCAAAACUGGGCUGAUCUCAUCCAAAGAGGCUUUCUCAGCGGGAGACUAUCACAUUCUCACGAUUAAGGCGCUGGACAAUGGCCGGCCUCAGAAGUCGUCCAUCUGCCGGUUGCACAUUGAGUGGAUUGUGAAGCCUGAGCCGCCUAAACAGGCACUGGUGUUUGAGGAGACCUCGCUCCAAUUCUCUGCCAUGGAGAGUGAUCCAGUGGGCCAUAUGGUGGGAGUCAUCAGCGCUCAGCCUCUAGACUCUCCUGUCUGGUUCGAUAUCAAAGGUGGAAACGAUGACAGCCGCUACAAUGUGGAGAAGGGCAGUGGCACUAUCAUCAUCGCCAAAGCGCUGGAUGCAGAGCAGCAGUUAAAUUAUAACCUAACUGUGGAAGCAACAGAUGGAACCAGAUCCAUCAGCACUCAGGUCUUAAUCCAAGUUAUUGACACCAAUGAGCAUCGACCCAAGUUUGUCCAAGCCAGGUAUGAAAUCAGUAUUCCAGAGGAGACCCAGCCAGGGAUGAAGAUACUGGAGAUCAGUGCUACAGAUAAAGAUGAGAAGAAUAAACUAUUCUACACACUAUUGAGCAGCACAGACCCACAUAGCCUGAAGAAGUUUCGUCUGGACCCUGGAACAGGCUUUCUCUACACUACUGAGGAACUGGAUCAUGAGACCAUGCAUAGACACACCCUCACCGUAAUGGUCCGAGAUCAGGACGUCCCAGUGAAGCGUAACCUGGUGCGAGUGACUGUCAACGUUGAGGAUGGCAAUGACAAUGCACCCUGGUUUACCAGCUCUCGGUACACUGGGCGCGUGUUUGAGACAGCUGCAGUUGGCUCAGCUGUAUUACAGGUCACUGCUCUGGACAAAGACAAAGGUCAAAAUGCAGAGAUCCUCUACAGCAUAGAGUCUGGAAAUCAUGGAAAUUCUUUCAGUAUAGAUCCCUUUUUGGGCAUAAUAAAGGUUGCAGCAGAACUCAGCGGUGACCAGAAAUGUCAGUAUGAGCUGGAGGUGAAAGCAUCAGAUAAAGGAGAACCUCCUUUGAGCGCUUUUACAACUAUCUCUAUCACAGUCACCAUUUCUGAUAAUGCCGAGCCAAAGUUUCAUCACAGCCCGAUCACAGCUGAGAUCAGUGAGGCGGCUCCAGUUGGGAGUUUCGUGACCAUAGCUGUAGCCUCCAGUCAGUCAUCUGUCUUUUAUCAAAUCAAAGAAGGAAAUGUGAAUGGCGCGUUUGACGUCAAUCCAAACUCCGGUGCCAUUGUCACCCGAAGGAAGUUGGACUAUGAGACUCUAUCUUCGUAUAAAUUGACUGUGCAAGGUACGAACAUGGCUGGAAUGGCAAGCCAAGUCACAGUGCUCGUUCUCAUAAAAGACGAGAACGACAAUGCCCCUGUCUUCACUCAGACUGAAUUUGUGGGGUUUGUCAGUGAGGGAGCUGCACCUAGGAGUGUGGUUCUGACUAUUAAAAAUACUCCGCUUGUUAUUCAUGCAACGGAUGCUGAUGAGGACGCAGAUGCCAGGCUUGUCUAUCAGAUUGUGGAGCCAUUUGCUCACAACUACUUUACCAUUGAUUCUGGCACAGGAGCAAUUCAGACAAUCAGUGGCCUUGAUUAUGAACAGCAGAGUGCGUUCCACUUCACCGUGCAGGCCCAUGAUACCGACUUACCACGCUUAUUUACGCGGCAUGUUGCCAACGUGACAGUCCACGUCACUGAUGUCAACGACUGUGCCCCAAGAUUCAGCCAGGAUUCCUUUGAAACAACCCUGCUGGUGCCAACAUACAAGGGAGUGAAAGUGAUUUCCCUAAAUGCCACAGAUGAUGACUCCCUGCCCAAUGCCAAACUGCUGUUCUCCAUUGUAGAUGGCAACAUUGGCAGCAAGUUUAGGAUUGACCACAUUUCAGGGGAGAUCUUUGUUCAGAAUGCCACACAACUGCGCAGCAGAUACAUUCUGACUGUCAGGGUUUCUGAUGGACGGUUUACAACCACAGCAACUGUAAAAAUAAAGGUUCGAGACAACAAAGACCAUGGGCUGAAAUUCACUCAGGAAGUAUUCACUGCCUCCAUACAGGAGAACUCAUCAGGGAGGGAAACGUUGGCCAUUAUUGCUACGGUCGGGAAAAAAAUGAACGAACCUUUAUUUUACUCCAUUGUCAAUCCAGAUGAGAGAUUUGAUAUAGGUCAUACAUCUGGUGUUCUCUUUACUACCGGAGUGCCGUUUGAUCGUGAGGAGCAGGAUACAUUUGAUGUGAUUGUGAAGGUUACAAAAGAGCGUAAAGAUGCUGGAACUGCCCAUGUCCUUGUAAAAGUCACUGUUGAAGAUGUGAAUGACAAUGCACCCUUGUUUGUAGACCUACCCUACAAUUCUGUUGCUCAGAUGGAUGCUGAAGUGGGAACAGUUUUGAGGCAGGUCACUGCAGUGGACAGUGAUGUUGACAGAAAUUCUGUGAUUAAAUACCAUUUGAAGGGGCAUGAUGAAUAUUUUCAGAUAAAUCCCUCUGGUGAAAUCUCUCUGAAGAGGCCAUUUGAGCAGGAAAGUCUCAACACAAGAUAUGUGCUAAAUAUUAUUGCUGAAGAUGGAGGUGACCAGGCCCUCUCCUCAACAGCAGAAGUGACUAUUACUGUGGUCAACAAAGCCACUCCCGUGUUUGAACGACCUUUUUAUAAGGCUGAAGUUCCAGAGGAUGUGCAGUUACACGCUUCUGUAUUGCAGGUCCUGGCUAAUGAGUCUGUUGGACCUCGUACUGUCUACAGGAUCUAUGAGGGAGACCCAUUUGGUCACUUUUCUAUUGAUUUCAACACUGGAGUCAUAGAAGUUAUCCAGCCACUGGACUAUGAGACUCACCCUGCCCACAGGUUAAGCGUACAAGCAAUGGACUCUCUAACUGGGGCACACUCUGAAGUUUUUGUUGAUAUCAUUUUAGAGGACGUCAAUGACAAUGCGCCUAUAUUUCAUAUGCAGUAUUAUAACGUCAGUGUUCCUGAGUCUGCUAUGAUUGGUACUUCUGUAUUACAAGUGUCAGCUAGAGAUUUGGACAGUGGCAGCAACAAAGAAAUAUUCUAUCAGUUGUAUGCAAAAAACGGGACCAUUUCGGAUCACUUCAGAAUAGACGGUCAAAGUGGAGUCAUCUGGACUACUGCUCUCUUGGACUUUGAAACAGAGCCAAAGCAUGAGCUAACUGUGAAAGCUUUGGAUGGAGGAGCUUCCCAGCUGUACAGUGAGGUCAUGGUGGUAGUACAUGUCGUUGAUGUAAAUGAUAACCCACCUGUAUUUACACAGCAACUUUACAACGCCACUAUCAGUGAGCAUUCUCCUCCAGGUCAUUUUGUUGCCUGUGUUCAAGCAUCUGAUGCUGAUAGCACUGAUACUGGAAAACUAGAGUUCUCUUUUUUAUCAGGAAAUGAGGACAACGUCUUUGGCAUUGAUAAGAGCAGUGGGGAAAUCGUCAUUUCAAGCCAUCAAAAGCCAAUUGGGGCACAAUAUAACUUAAUUGUGUUCACCACUGAUGGCGUUUUCACAGCUUUUUCUGCAGUAAAAGUCAAGGUGAUCGGAGCAAAUCUGCACAGCCCAUCAUUUACACAGGAUGAAUACAUUGUUGAACUUCUAGAGAACUCUGCUGUAGGCACACUCGUGACUCAGGUGAAGGUACGUGAUAGAGAUUCUGGGAUAUAUGGUCAAGUUACACUAUUUAUUGUAAACGAUGCUGCCAGAGACAAAUUCACUUUGAAUGCUGAUGGUCAGAUUCAUACCGCUGAAAGUUUUGAUCGAGAGAACCCAACGGAAAAAGUGAUCCAUAUAAACAUACUGGCUAAGGAUGGUGGUGGAAAAGUAGACUUUUGCACAGUCACUGUGAUUCUCUCAGAUGUCAAUGACAAUGCACCUCAGUUCAGGCUUUCCGAGUAUAAAGCUGCUGUUCAGAAUGAUGUUCCAAGAGGAACGACUGUGAUCAAAAUAUCAGCUGUAGAUGAAGAUGAGGGGAGUAAUGCUGACAUCAUUUACGCAAUCGAGUCAGAUAUUGGACACUUUGAAAUCCAUCCCCUUAGUGGGGCAGUUGUCACAAAGGGAAAUCUAAUCGAGCUAGAAAAUGGACUGUACUCUUUCUAUGUGAAGGCUAAAGAUUCUGGAAGCCCUCCAAGACAGUCCGUUAUCCCAGUUUCAAUUAAAGUACUUCCUUCUGAUUUGCCAAUGCCGAAGUUUGCUGAAGAAUCGCUUCGGCUGGAACUUGCGGAGGAUCUCCCUGUCGGGACCGAGAUAAAUGUCUUUCAGUCUGAAAGAACACGGCCUGUGAUCUAUAGCCUUGUAAGAGGAAACACUCCUGAGAGCAACAAAGAUGAUGUGUUUGUCAUCAACAGCAACACUGGAAAGCUAAAACUGGCCAAACGACUGGACUAUGAAGCUAUCAAAUGGUUUCAUCUCUCCAUCCAGGUCCAGUGCACUGAAGCUCCCUUGGAAGUAAUCUCGGUCAUAGAUGUGAACAUACAUUUGAAGGAUAUAAAUGAUAACAGCCCACAGUUUGACUCCUUCCCCUACCAGUCCUUUCUUGUUGAGAACUUACCAGGAGGGACCUCAGUGGUCCAAGUGAGAGCUACUGAUCUGGACUCUGGAGUGAACGGUCUGGUCACUUACAGCCUAGAUGAGAAUCAAGAGAGCCCCGAGGUUCUGGAGUUGUUUGCUGUGGACAGUGAGACAGGCUGGGUCACGACUGUCACAGAGAUAGACAGAGAAAAGAGAAACAGGUACAGAAUAGCGAUCAUUGCAAAAGACAGAGCGCCAGAGAUACACAUGACUGGCACCACCGUGGUGGAGGUGACAGUGGUGGAUUUAAAUGACAACCCUCCAGUCUUCACUAAGGCAGUGUACAAAGCCACAGUGAGGGAGGAUGAAUCUACACCCGGCACCAUCAUAACUGUUUUAAGCACCACUGACUCUGACAGUGAGGAGGUCAACAGGAGGUUCAGCUGCUUCAUCACAGGUGGAGACCCUCAGGGCCAGUUUAAUCUGGAAUAUGAGGAUGGUGCUUGCAUAGUCGUGACUGCCAAGACACUGGACAGAGAGGACAGAGGGCACUACCUUUUAAACAUAACAGCCACAGAUGGAACCUAUAUGGCCAGGACUGCUGUAGAGCUCACAGUUCUUGAUGCAAAUGACAACAGCCCUGUAUGUGAGAAGGAUCUGUACGCUGGAACGGUUCCAGAAAAUGCCCGGGCAGGAAAAUUCAUCCUACUCGUUUCAGCCUCUGAUCCAGAUAUCCAGUCAAAUGCUGAAAUUACAUACCGACUUGCAGGAGAUGGGGCUGAAUCAUUCAGAAUGGACUCUGCCACAGGCACUCUAAAGACACUGCUGCCUCUUGACCGAGAGGAGAGAGAUGUAUAUAACCUUACAGUGCAAGCAGUGGAUGGGGGAAAUCGCUCCUGUCAGGUUGACGUUGUCAUCACUGUAGAAGAUGUUAAUGACAAUGCUCCUGUGUUCACCUCUGACCUGUACUACAUUAGCGUAUUUGACAACACGCAGCCUGGGGCAUAUUUGGCACGUCUACAGGCAUCUGAUGCUGAUACUGGCUUGAACAGUAAGAUCAGUUAUUCGCUUGAAGACUCUGCUGGAGGCCUGUUUUCUAUUGAGGAGCAGUCUGGAAUCAUCAGCUUGGUGAAGCCUCUGAGCAGGCAGGUGAUGGCUGUGUAUAGGUUGCGAGUGCGUGCCGCAGACCACGGCUCCCCACGGACGCUCUCCACUCUUAGCUCUGUGGAGGUGACUGUACUGGACGCUAAUCACCGCCCUCCGGUGUUCGAGCACAGGGACUACGUUUCCAUGGUUCCUGAAGAUGUUGCCGUGGGGACCCUGCUUCUGAGUGUCUUUGCUGCUAGCAGUGAUGCACAGGCUAAAGCCCAGACCAGAUACUCCAUCACCAGUGGCAACGAGCAGGGAGCCUUCAGCAUCGAUUCCCAAACAGGCAACAUCUUUGUGAUUGCUCCGCUGGAUUACGAGGCAGCCCGAGAGCACUACCUGACAGUGAAGGCCAUUGCUGGAGGCCAGGAGAGUCUGAGCGACACAGCCACUGUUACCGUCCACCUCACAGACGUCAAUGACAACAGUCCUGUAUUCAGCCAGGAGCUCUACUCAGCUGUAGUCAGUGAAGACUCCCAGCCUGGCUGCUCUGUGCUAACUGUAAUGGCGAAUGACUUUGAUGGGCCUUCAAACAACCGCAUCCAUUAUUCCAUUGUGGAUGGAAACCAGGACAGUCCGUUCAUCAUAGACGUGGUCAGCGGUGUACUGAAAGUGGCUCGUCAAUUAGACAGAGAAAAGGUUGGUGGGUACAAGCUCACCGUUCUGGCCUCCGACAGCGGAAAUCCCCCCAAAUCCAGCAGCGCAGCAAUCAACAUGACAGUGGCUGAUGUGAACGAUAAUCCACCUGUCUUCUCGCAAGCUAACUACAGCCUCAUCAUCCAGGAGAGCCUGCCUGCAGGGGCCUCUGUCCUCCAGCUGAGUGUGACGGACAGAGAUGCCCCCCAAAAUGGCCCCCCUUUCUCCUACAGCAUCUUGAAGGGCAACGAGGGAAAAUCCUUCAGCAUAGACCGGCAGGGAAUCAUUAGGACCACAACAUCGCUGAGGAGUUCAGAAAAGGAUCAGUACGUCCUCCACGUCCAGGUCUCUGACAGUGGGAAACCUCCUCUCCAGUCAUCCACCCUUCUUAGCAUUCGUGUGGCACAGACCAGUUUGUAUCCUCCAUCUGUACUUCCUCAGGAAGUGUUCAUUCUGGUCCCAGGAGAGGAGUACCCUGCAGGAGGCAUUCUGGGAAGAGUCCACGCCACUGAUCCGGACAAGUAUGAUACGCUCACAUACACCCUGCAGCCUCCAGGCCAUGACCUGAUCUCUGUAUCUGGCUCUGAUGGCCGGCUGCUGGCCCGGCGGGGGCUGGACGUGGGCCGCUACCCGCUCAAUGUGUCGGUCAGCGAUGGGCGCUUCUCUUCCUCAGCCAGUAUCACGGUGCAUGUGUGGCAGGUCACUCAGCAGAUGCUAGACGGUUCCGUGUCUGUGCGCUUUGCUGGCAUCACUGCUGAGGAUUUCAUCCAGGAGCACUGGAGGAACUUCCAGAGAGCAAUCCGAAGCGUCCACAGCAGGGCUGGACCUUACACUAGACAGAGAAGCGACAUGCAGAUCCUCAGCCUGCAACCCGUGGAGCCUGAUGGUGAUCUGGAUGUGCUGAUGUUAUUGGAGAAAUCGGGAAUUGCUGGCUCUUCCCUGGAGCUCCUCCUGCAGAACCUCAACACCUCCAGGGCAGCUCUACAGGAGCUGAGUGGCCUAAGAGUGCUGAGGGUUAUGACCCGUCACUGCUCUAAAGCAGAGUGUCCAGACCACUUGUGCAGGCAAGUGGUGACCCUGGACUCCAGCAGCAUGGUGGUGUACAGCACGGCCAGAGUGAGCUACAUCACUCCUCAUCACCACAUCACUCCCAGCUGCCUCUGCAAAGAUGGAAAAUGCCCUGAACAGAUUCAAGGUUGUGCCAGUAACCCUUGUCCCGAUGGUUAUCGUUGUGUGUCUCUUCAAGGAGAGAAGAAAUAUCGCUGCGUUUGUCCAUGGGGCAAAAAUGAAAAAUGCUCAGGAGGAGCAAUAAUGACAUUCAGUGAGAACAGCUAUAUCAAGUAUCAUCUGAGGAGGAGCACUAGAGUAGAAAUGAAGUUUUCUCUGAGGUUAAAAACUUUUUCCAGCCAUGGAACAGUGAUGUUUAUGAAAGGAAGAGGUUACAUCCUUCUGGAGGUGAUAGGAGGCAGGCUGCAGUGUCAGUUUGACUGUGGGAGUGGGCUUGCCACCAUGUCCGUCCACAGCGUUGAGGUGAAUGAUGGUGAGUGGCACUCAGUGAAACUGGAGUUAAAGGAUAACCGUGCCAGGCUGGUCCUGGACCACCUCCACUCUGCAUCGGGUGUUUCACCUGGCGCGCUGCCCUGCCUUGGCAUGGAUAAGCAGGUGAUCCUGGGCGGACGCGCAGGCCUGUUGGGCUCCAGGCCGAGGCGCAGCCUGCCUCUCUCUGGCAGCCUGCAGGGUUGUAUGGACACAGUGCUGUUUAAUGGACAGAGUCUGUUCCUGCAGUCAGAAAGCCUCUCAGGGGUUGUGGUUGAGGACACGGUAGGAGUGACUCCGGGCUGUGGCAUGAGCUCAACCCCAGGCCAGGACUGCACAAGCAACCCCUGCCUCAAUGGAGGAAGCUGCUCUCAGAGGCCCAGUGGAGGCUAUUAUUGCAGAUGUAAUAGUUUAUUUGUGGGAGAUCACUGUGAGCUCAGUAUCAGCCCCUGUUUUUCCAACCCCUGUCUGUAUGGAGGAACCUGUAUACAAAAUAAUGAGGACUACUACUGCCGCUGCAGAGGACAGUACACUGGUCAGAGAUGCGAGGUAGGUCCAUACUGCAAGGAGAACCCCUGCAGAAAUGGUGGGCAUUGUAUUGACAGCCUGGAUGGGCCUGUCUGUGAAUGUGAACCUGGGUUCAAAGGAGAAAGAUGCCAGACUGAUGUGGAUGAAUGCCUGCGUCUGCCUUGCUUAAAUGGUGGCUGGUGUGUAAACACCUAUGGCUCCUUCAACUGCAGUUGCAGUCCGGGCUUCAGCGGGAGGCUGUGUGAGAUGGAGAAUGAGGUCCACAAUGUGUUUAUCUCCACUUCUUGGAACAUCGGCCUGGCUGAGCUGGUGGGGAUUCUCAUUUUUUUGGUGGCCAUCUUUAUUUUGGCCUUGCUCUUUGUCCUCAUCCGUGCAGGAGCAUGUGAUCUUAGUAAGGACGAGCAAGAGAAAGAAAAAUACAGAGCUGUAGAUGCUUACAUCCAGAGGACAUAUCUGGACUGCCAGCCCCGCAGGGACACUUUUCCGGAUACUCCAUCACAGAUCCCUGUGAAACCCCUCUCUUAUAAUCCCAGCAUCCAUACAGACUCCCAUAAGGACAUAGAUGGAAGCUCCUUUACUCCAGAUGUGACGUUUGGCCUAAAAAAGUCUGUCGCUGUAUGCAGUGUAGCACCCAACCUGCCCCAGCGCCGAGGCUCAUGGUCCCCUACAAACAGUGACUCCACACAAAAGCCAGACUGGGAUGAAGAAGGUGAAAAUGCAAGGGACACAAACUCGUCCUUGUCAAAAGAAGACACGGCCAACGAAAGAGGAAGUACCCAAGGCCUUGCUUAUUCUUUCCAAUAUAUGGAUGAUAACAACUACCACUGGGACACCUCAGACUGGAUGCAUGGUGUUCAGGUUCCUGGAUUUCAGAGCCUCCUUCAGUAUGAAUUUGUGCAAAUGCCCUCCAUGUACUCUGACAUUAAUGACGUGUACUCUAGAACUCAUGUUCCUGAUUUGGAUUACCUUGCUGAAGGUGAUGAUGUUGAAGCCAACUUUCUACCACCUCCAGGACAUUUUCCUCAUGAUGAGCCUCUUUCCAGUCUAGACUGCAGGGACUAAUCCGCCUGGCCACAGGCCCACACAGCCAUCGCUCGGACACCAGGGCCGUGCUUGACCACAUGCAGCCUGCAGCAGCACAGCCUGGGUCAUUGGCAGCCUAAUCAAACAGCCCAAGUAGUGCCUCAGGGUUCAGUUGAAGGACCAUUUGAACUUAGGCCAGGCAGUAUUUACUCUGGAAGUGCCAGGCAAGAGGGCCAGGGCACAUUUCCCGGUUUGUUGCAUACCUUCGCUCACCUGUCAAAUAAUGGUGAGGAACUGGAUCCAGUGAUGUGUGACUUAAAGAGUUUUGACCAGAGUGUUUCCAGUGGCAUCUCAACACCAAUGAUGAAGAAAGACGUUGCACACAAAAGGCUAUAAUGUGCUUAGUGUGUAUGGUUUUGUGU